GUUAUUCUAAACCUAUUUGACCAGGGAACAAUCACAACAUCGAAUAUCUCUCUCUUCCCCCAAACCCUUCUUUAUAUAGACUGCAACUUACCAUUCUAUCACUCCACAAACCUGCCAUCUUCGAUCUCUGUCUUUCUCUAGGGUAUUCGAUAUCUCUCUCUCUAGAUUUGACAUAUGGCUCCGACCCAUCCCUCUGAUUUAUCUUCUUCUGAAGAAGAAGAUGAAUAUGAAUACAGGAGGGACAACGAAGCAGAGCAACAAGAAGAUCGAAACCGCGAAGAGGAGGAAGAAGAAGAAUCUGAAUCUGAAGAGGAUGAAGAAGAAGGGGAAGAGACUCCUCCGGUCCCACCGCCUCUUGACAAGAGACCCUCCCUUCAAAAACCCAAUCCAACCACAACUGAUGAAGGAGGGUUUGAUUCGGAAUCCGAUGAUUCCGAGAAAACCCAACCCUCUCCCACCGCUUCCGAUUUCACUAUCAAGCCCAUCUCCAACAAAUCAGCCCCAAAGCCUGCUGCGAAACGCCCUGCACAGACGGGACAAGAUGGGAUGGAUUCGCGGGCGAAAAAGAAGAGGGUUUCGAAUGGGGAUGAAGAUAAUGGAGAGAGGAAGUCUCUUUUUAGUAGGUUGUGGAGCGAGAAUGAUGAAAUUGCAAUCUUGAAAGGAAUGUUGGAAUACAAGGUUGACCAAUAUACUAAUAUGGGUGACUUUCAUGAAUUUAUCAAAGAGUCUCUUCAUGUCGAAGUUUCAAAGAGUCAAUUGACAGAUAAGAUCAAAAGGAUGAAGAAGAAGUACAUGACCAAUGCAGAGAAAGGCGAGAAUCCGGUUUUCUCCAAGUCCCAUGAUCACAAGUCAUUCGAGCUCUCAAAGAAGAUAUGGGGUGCUGUAGCUGGUAAAGGGAUUGAUGACAACGCUAAAAGUUCCAAAAGGACUGCAAAAAAGAGCAGUACAAUUAAUCAUCAUUCCUUGAGUUUGGCGAAAGAAGAAAAACAUGAAUUUGAUACACUAAAUAGUGGAAUAAAGGCUAGUCAAGAGGAUUUCUCGAAGAUGUAUCCGAGAUUGAAUGAAUCACUGCAGUCCGAAAACGGGUUGUACCCUUCAUUGUUGGAGUCUGGGAGGAACUUUUUGAAGGAAAGAAUAAGUUUGAUUGGGAGUGCCAAGGCAGAGAAGCUGGAGGAGAAGUGGAACAAUUUGCAGGUUGAUGAAAUCGAAUUAUACCUAAAACAUGUUGAGUUGGUUCGGGAACAGACUAAGCUAGUGUUGGCUGAGAUGAAGUCUUCCAAGUGAUAAGGUUUUGGUUGAAAUUAUUAGCAGUUUAAUGGGUUGUGUAUAUUUGGUGAAGUAUAGUUAAAAUUUCGGGUUUGGUGGAAAGGACAUCAGUAGUAUUGUUUAACAAUUUUGGUUAGAAUAAUUUUAUUCUUAGGUUUUGGAUACAUCAGUUUUUGCUUUUUAUUGAUACUAUGUUGUCUCGGUUUAUUUAACAUAAAUAUAUUUCUGGUUUUUUUUCUC